GAGGACAAGCAUCCCACGGAUCGGUCCCUGCGGCAUGGGCAGCCCUGCUCCCGCGCGCCGGGAGCGAGGAACCUGCCCGAGUUCGGUCAGCGCGUGCGGGGAGGUUGAGCAGCGCUGUCUGCUGCUGCGGCGAGUCUGAGGACAGGCUGGAGGGAAGGAGAGGCAGGUGAAAGGCAGGUGGAUAGUCUGGGUAUGGUGACAGGACGAUGUUGGCCAGAAAGAGCAUCAUCCCGGAGGAGUAUGUGUUGGCGCGCAUCGCCGCGGAGAAUCUGCGCAAGCCGCGCAUCCGCGACCGCCUCCCGAAAGCCCGCUUCAUCGCUAAGAGCGGGGCCUGCAACCUGGCGCACAAGAAUAUCCGUGAGCAAGGGCGCUUCCUGCAGGACAUCUUCACCACCUUGGUAGACCUGAAAUGGCGCCACACGCUGGUCAUCUUUACAAUGUCCUUCCUCUGCAGUUGGCUGCUCUUCGCUAUCAUGUGGUGGUUGGUGGCUUUUGCCCAUGGGGACAUCUACGCUUACAUGGAGAAGAGUGGAAUGGAGAAAAGUGGUUUGGAGUCUGCUGUGUGUGUGACUAACGUCAGGUCAUUCACCUCUGCUUUUCUCUUCUCCAUUGAGGUUCAAGUGACAAUUGGAUUUGGAGGGAGGAUGAUGACAGAGGAAUGUCCUCUGGCCAUCACCGUUUUGAUUCUCCAAAACAUUGUGGGUUUGAUCAUCAAUGCCGUCAUGUUAGGCUGCAUUUUCAUGAAGACAGCUCAGGCUCACAGAAGGGCAGAGACUUUGAUUUUCAGCCGCCAUGCUGUGAUUGCUGUCCGAAAUGGUAAGCUGUGCUUCAUGUUCCGAGUGGGCGACCUGAGGAAGAGCAUGAUCAUUAGUGCCUCAGUGCGCAUCCAGGUGGUCAAGAAAACGACUACACCUGAAGGGGAGGUGGUACCCAUUCACCAACUGGACAUACCUGUUGAUAACCCCAUCGAGAGUAAUAACAUCUUCCUGGUGGCCCCUUUGAUCAUCUGCCAUGUGAUUGAUAAGCGCAGUCCCCUGUAUGAUAUCUCAGCAACUGACCUUGUCAACCAGGACCUGGAGGUCAUUGUUAUUCUGGAAGGAGUGGUGGAAACGACCGGCAUCACCACGCAAGCGCGAACCUCCUACAUCGCAGAGGAGAUCCAGUGGGGCCACCGCUUUGUGUCCAUUGUGACCGAAGAGGAAGGAGUGUAUUCUGUGGAUUACUCCAAGUUUGGCAACACUGUUAAGGUGGCAGCUCCACGGUGCAGUGCCCGGGAACUGGAUGAGAAGCCUUCAAUCCUCAUCCAGACCCUCCAAAAGAGUGAACUAUCCCAUCAAAACUCUCUGAGGAAGCGCAAUUCCAUGAGGAGAAACAAUUCCAUGAGAAGGAGCAACUCCAUUCGAAGGAACAAUUCUUCCCUCAUUGUGCCAAAGGUGCAGUUUAUGACUCCAGAAGGAAAUCAGAACACAUCGGAAUCAUGACAGCAGGGCAACCUCAUGACAGGAGUUUUACUGUGAGUGGCGGAUGCCCUGUCACACUAAACCAGAGCUAUAGCACAAUGACGUGGCUUACGUUUUAAUGCACUAAAAGAUUUUCUUAUUCAAGAAAUUGCACUUUCUGUAUUAAUAAACAACACA